AUGUAUUCCGCCCUGUGGCGCCGGCGGCUGUCCAAUAAAAAUCGCUGGGCCCCCUUCCCCCGCAGGUAUUCGCGAGAUGCCUUUGUGAAUUGCCCCCCGCCGGUCGGGAGACCCAACGGCACUCCUUUUUCGAAUGCAAAUAAAUCCCAAGAUUUCUGUUUUUUGGAGGGGGCUUCUUCAGUGGAAAAACAUUCCCCGGCUGUGAAGCCAGUGGCCUUAUUUCCCCCAUUUGGCGAAAUCGCCCCUUUCCUUUUUCACGAUUCUCCCGCGUUUGGGCCUCAUCAGCUGCAGCGUUGUUUUGGCCUGUUUGAAAUUAAGAGUUGGUCUCGUUUAGUUGCUGCCAAUGGAAGUGGCUGCGUUUUUCGCGGGCUGGCGGUUGUUUGA